GUCUGCAAGGCUGGAGUCGGAUUGCAUCGGAUGUUUUCCGAGCGCAGCGUUCUGCAGGUCGUGGUGUCUGCAGUCGUCGGGAAUGCUCAUCGUCCAGGCCUAUAUUUAACAUUUGAGUGCUAUCACUCAGUUAAGAAGGCGUUUUCUCCGCCGCACGCACAUGCACGCCGAGGAGACUGCACUGCUCGGAACCGCCAGUAUGGACUUACACAUAUUGGACCACAGGCUACGGGUCACCAGCAUAUCCAAGAAUGGGCUGGUGAAUUUCACACACCCCCUGAUUAAACUGAUAUUUCUUCGGAACAGGACACGAUGUAAGUUUUUCAGUCUGACGGAGACGCCAGAGAACUACACAGUUGUCCUUGACGAGGAAGGGUUCAAAGAGCUCCAGCCCUCAGAGCAUCUCAAGGUGGAAAGCUCCAUCUGGCUGCCGCUCAACGUGGUCUCCAAUGGCAACUCCUCCAGCAGCUCACAGGCUGUUGGCGUGACCAAGAUCGCCAAGUCGGUCAUCGCCCCUCUGGCCCAGCAGCAUGUCUCUGUCUUCAUGCUCUCCACUUAUCAAACCGACUUUAUCCUGGUAAGAGAGAAAGAUCUGUCUGUAGUCAUCAGAACUCUGGAGGAGGAGUUCAAUAUCUACAAGGAGGUGGGAGGAGAGUCGGUCCCUAUGCCUUGUCAGGAUGUUUCCAAUGGCCUCCAAAAGAACGGAAAAGAAGCCAUCCAGGCCACAGUUCACCCAGUGCUGAUCCCCCAGAACCAGUUCUGUGUCAUGUCUCUGGACCCAGACACACUGCCGUCCAUCGCCACCACGCUCAUUGACGUCCUCUUUUAUUCCAACUGUCCUAAAGAGGAUGCACAGUCGUCUCCCAACCAGGACUUGGACUGUAUCAAGUUUUUCUCCUUCUCCCUCAUUGAUGGCUACAUCUCCUUGGUGAUGGACACUGAGGCUCAGAGACAGUUUCCUGCCGAUCUUCUCUUCACCAGCUCCUCCGGGGAGUUGUGGAGAAUGGUCCGUAUAGGGGGACAACCGCUGGGCUUUGAUGAAUGUGGUAUAGUGGCCCAGAUAUCUCAGCCUCUGGCUGACAGCGACAUCUCUGCCUAUUAUAUAAGCACCUUCAGCUUCGACCAUGCUCUGGUCCCUGAGGAGGACAUAGUGAGUGUGACAGGCAUGCUCCAACAUCAGAGGAAAGAACCAGCCGCCAGUUGAUUUCUGAAGUCCGGUCUGAGCUGGAUGAUCCUGGCUCAAUAUGACGUCUCUCACUCCAGUGGCCAAGUGUGGCAGGCCACUAGGAAAAGAGGCUAACCCUGUGCCUAGACUAACACUGCAUCGCCAGCAGUAUUAACUACUACAAACUUGCUCUGAACACCAGAAGCGCUUCUUUAUGGUGUGCAUACACAGUUGGUCUGUGAGGCCUCCUGUCUUACCUAUCUAAGGCAGGAUGCACUGAGUCUCAGGGGGCCCACAAGCUCACAUAUGCAUAUCAAAAUGCACAGUCACUCCUUCACACACACACUCACACACACACACACACACACAACACUUGCACAUUCAAAUUCACAAGAUAGACUUUCUCUCUUACGCAGGACUUGAGAUUACGUGGUCUGAUUUGUUCAUAACGUUAUUUUACUACAAACAGCAGAGCACACUUGCAUACAUUUUACCAGUGCUAUAAACACACAACUUAGUCUUCCAGUAAUGUCCAUAUAUUAAUGCCAUGUGUCUGAAAUAAUUAUUUUCUUUUUGAAUAGAAGGCCACUUGCACAAAUUGCAAUUUUCCAUUUGUGAAACGCAAGGAAGUUCUAAGAAUGCUGAUCUUAAAAUCAUUUUAUGCAAAACAAAACAGAAUUUCUAUUUUCUGACAACAGGACUCACUCGUUUUGGUUUGUGAACAAUGCAGUUAGUUCUUGUGUAUUAAAACUAAUUCAAGUGUUGUCAAGCAGGGCGUAUGCUUGGUCAGUAUUUCUUUUGAAGAGGUCAUUUCUGAACCAUAGUAUUAGCCAAGGUCAAUGACACUAGGUCUUAUUUUGUAUUUGCACAAUAAACUUUUUAUUAACCUAUUAGGACUUAGAUUUUCUUUCUUUGGUACAAGUUUUGUACAAUUUGAAGUAAAAGUAUUCUGUAAACAUUUGUAAUGUUUGUGCUGCUUCAUCCAAUAAAAAGUAUUGAAAAU